CUAGAUUCAUACAUCUACCACAGUGAGAUAAUUUAUAAUGCGGCCAGCAGCAGAUCAUCAUCACAUAAAUUUCUGUCAUUAUCGCGGAAAAGAGCUUUUUACCCGAGCCGCAUGGCAACUCCACCUAAACAUAGCUUUAGAGACGCAACACAACGCGACUGAUCGCAGACGUUUGAGACUCGCUAAGGCUAUUAAUACCGGACAGGAAAUAUCCUUGAGACACUUCAACUUUAAAUGGCUGAAGCUGCCUCUCAGCAAUGCCCAGGACUCGUCUCUAAACACGGCCGAGAUUAUAAGAGCGAAGUUGUAAGGCUAAACAAUGUGCGAGUGUGACUCCGUAACCCGAUGGGUUAGCCUUUAUAUUUUCUUCUAGCGUCCCCCGGUAGUCCUGAGAUAUUAAUUGUACGUCUAGCUCAUAUUCAGCAUUAUUGCUGGUUAUCUUAGCUGAGGGCUUGAUGUGCUCGCCAAAACUUUAUAACCUGCAAUUGUCACGACGGUCCAGCAAACGCGGCGCAUAUUUAGCACCUUGUCAGGUCUCGCGAGAAUGGGCCACAUCUCAAACAUGACGUCAAAGUUUGUUUUGUUCAUUCCUUUUGAGGUAUUCGAUACUUGGUCUAAGUUGUCUCACUUUAAAGGUACUGGUAACCUGUAGAGCAGGUUACCAAUACCUUCAAUUCGUGAAGCGGAACAUUUUGUUGUCACAAGCUUCCAGCUACAUGCCACUUCUCCAUCAGUCGUUGACUUUGCCUUUACCAGGAAGAUGCAGAAUUCGAUUCACGUCAUUUUAACCCAGUAAUUGAGAUGGCACCAAUGCCGUACAACCUUUCCAAAUCUGCCAAUAUGCUUAUUCGUAUGACAAACUUUGGCUAAAUCAAAUUAAGGAAAUGCUUCUUAAGAUCGCUAAAUUCUCCACAUUACUUGGUUCGGGCUGUGACUCGUUCUGAUACCCUGGACAAUUCCCAGUUAUCGAAAAUGGCAUUUUUGAACUUUUUCGCCCAACGCUGUGACGUCAAAUGUCAGCUUUACUCAAUUCACGUCUCGACUUCGAGCAGCAAGUCGGACAGCAAAUUUGAAUACAUAGACUGGAGAGGUAAAUGCAUGACAUCAAGGGCGACCAUUCUCAAAAUUGUCUACGCUGAAUUCUCCAUAGGGUAUGAAAAUUAUGUUACUUUCGCAGUGGUAGUCUGAAUGAUAAGAAUGAUAAGAGGUAUAGUCAUAGCCAGAAAUGAGGUGGCAUACCAUCAUAU